UUCCUGGACAAGACUAUGCCCACCCAGGGGCCUCAGAAGAGGCUUCUGGGUUCUCUCAACUCCACCUCCACAGCCACCCCUCACCUUGGACUGGCCACAAACCAGACAGGGCCUUGGUGCCUGCAGGUGUCUAUCCCGGAUGGCCUCUUCCUCAGCCUGGGGCUGGUGAGUCUGGUGGAGAAUGUGCUGGUUGUGAUAGCCAUCACCAAAAACCGCAACCUGCACUCGCCCAUGUAUUCCUUCAUCUGCUGUCUGGCCCUGUCUGACCUGAUGGUGAGUAUAAGCUUGGUGCUGGAGACGGCUAUCAUCCUGCUGCUGGAGGCAGGGGCCCUGGUGACCCGGGCCGCUUUGGUGCAACAGCUGGACAAUGUCAUUGACGUGCUCAUCUGUGGCUCCAUGGUGUCCAGUCUUUGCUUCCUCGGUGUCAUUGCCAUAGACCGCUACAUCUCCAUCUUCUAUGCAUUACGUUAUCACAGCAUCGUGACACUGCCCCGGGCACGACGUGCCAUCGUGGGCAUCUGGGUGGCCAGCAUCUUCUUCAGCACCCUCUUUAUCACCUACUACAACCACACAGCUGUCCUAAUCUGCCUUGUCACUUUCUUUCUAGCCAUGCUGGCCCUCAUGGCAAUUCUGUAUGUCCACAUGCUCACUCGAGCAUACCAGCAUGCUCAGGGGAUUGCCCAGCUCCAGAAGAGGCAGGGCUCCACCGGCCAAGGCUUCUGCCUUAAGGGUGCCGCCACCCUUACUAUCAUUCUGGGAAUUUUCUUCCUGUGCUGGGGCCCCUUCUUCCUGCAUCUCACACUCAUCGUCCUCUGCCCUCAGCACCCCACCUGCAGCUGCAUCUUUAAGAACUUCAACCUCUACCUCGUUCUCAUCAUCUUCAGCUCCAUCGUCGACCCCCUCAUCUAUGCUUUUCGGAGCCAGGAGCUCCGCAUGACACUCAGGGAGGUGCUGCUGUGCUCCUGGGUGGGGUUGGGGCAGGGACGAAAUGGGGAGGGCAGAUACUGGGGUGGGGCACUGAGGGGCCUGGGCUCUAUUGUCCCCAGAGCCGAAGGCCCUCCGGCGGCCCCUCCUCCGAAGGCGCGGCCAGACAUGCUCCGCAUUGUGCGGCUAGCGAGGGCGGGGCUGCCUCUUAUAAGAGGGCGCGGCGGAGGCCACCGAUCCUCCGCAGCCCGCUGUCCGCCUGCUUCUCAACUCGAGCCGUUUGAAGUCAGCAUGAGGGAGAUCGUGCACAUCCAGGCCGGCCAGUGCGGCAACCAGAUAGGGGCCAAGUUCUGGGAGGUCAUCAGUGAUGAGCAUGGCAUAGAUCCCAGUGGCAACUACGUGGGGGACUCAGACCUGCAGCUGGAGCGCAUCAGCGUGUACUACAAUGAGGCCUCCUCUCACAAGUAUGUGCCCAGAGCCAUUCUGGUGGACCUGGAACCUGGAACCAUGGAUAGCGUGCGGUCUGGGGCCUUUGGACACCUAUUCAGGCCUGACAACUUUAUCUUUGGUCAGAGUGGCGCCGGCAACAACUGGGCCAAAGGGCACUACACCGAGGGUGCGGAGCUGGUGGACUCCGUCCUGGAUGUCGUGAGGAAGGAGUGUGAGAAUUGCGACUGCCUGCAGGGCUUCCAGCUGACGCACUCCCUGGGUGGGGGUACAGGCUCAGGCAUGGGGACCCUGCUCAUCAGCAAGGUGCGCGAGGAGUACCCUGACCGCAUCAUGAACACCUUCAGCGUGGUGCCCUCACCCAAAGUGUCGGACACUGUGGUGGAGCCCUACAAUGCCACCCUGUCCAUCCACCAGCUAGUGGAGAACACAGAUGAGACCUACUGUAUCGACAACGAGGCCCUCUAUGACAUCUGCUUCCGUACCCUCAAGUUGGCCACACCCACCUACGGGGACCUCAACCACCUUGUUUCUGCUACCAUGAGUGGAGUCACUACCUCCCUUCGAUUCCCUGGUCAACUCAAUGCUGACCUCCGCAAGCUAGCUGUCAACAUGGUGCCCUUCCCCCGCUUGCACUUCUUUAUGCCUGGCUUUGCCCCACUGACAGCCCGGGGCAGCCAGCAAUACCGGGCCCUGACGGUACCUGAGCUCACCCAGCAGAUGUUCGAUGCCAAGAAUAUGAUGGCCGCCUGCGACCCACGCCACGGCCGUUACCUGACAGUGGCCACUGUCUUCCGUGGGCGCAUGUCCAUGAAGGAGGUGGAUGAGCAGAUGCUGGCCAUCCAGAGUAAGAACAGUAGCUACUUCGUGGAGUGGAUCCCCAACAACGUCAAGGUAGCCGUGUGCGAUAUCCCACCCCGCGGGCUCAAGAUGUCAUCCACCUUCAUCGGCAACAGCACCGCCAUCCAGGAGCUGUUCAAGCGCAUCUCGGAGCAGUUCACAGCCAUGUUCCGGCGCAAGGCCUUCCUGCACUGGUACACGGGCGAGGGCAUGGAUGAGAUGGAGUUCACUGAGGCCGAGAGCAACAUGAACGACCUGGUAUCUGAGUACCAGCAGUACCAGGAUGCCACAGCUGAGGAGGAGGGGGAAAUGUAUGAAGAUGAUGAUGAGGAAUCUGAAGCCCAGGGGCCCAAGUAAAGUUGCUCACAGCUGGGGUGUGGGGCCAAGUGGCAGCCAGGGCCAAGACGAGCAGCACCUGUCCCCCAGAGCCAUCUAGCUACUGACACUGCCCCCAGCUUUGCUUCCCACCAGCUCAUUAGGGCACCCUAGGGCUCCCAGGUUAGAGUCCUUCAGUAUUUAUGGCCGUCCCCGCCCCACACGAGUCCACUUGGCUCUGUCCUUCCCAUUUAGGCCACCUCUGUAUUUGUGUUGCUCAUCUGUCUCUGUUUGAUUAUGGCUCCAGGCCUGAUGUUUUACGGUUUGUUUUGUUUUUUACUGGGUUGUGUUUAUAUUUGGAGGGGGGGGGAUACUUAAUAAAGUCACUGCUGUCAGAUC